CGAGGCGCGCCCGGAAGGCCGCGGCCGCUGCACCCGGAAGUGUCUCGGCCGGGAGGAGGCCGCGCCGUGCGAGGCGCCGCCGCGAUGGGCCGCAACAAGAAAAAGAAGCGAAACGGCGACGAGCGCCGGCCCCGGCUCGUUCUCAGUUUUGACGAGGAGAAGCGACGGGAGUACCUGACCGGCUUCCACAAGCGCAAAGUGGAGCGCAAGAGGGCGGCCAUCCAGGAGCUCCAGCAGCGGCUGAAGGAGGAGCAGAGGAAGCUGCGGGAGGAGCGCCACCAGGAAUACCUGAAGAUGCUGGCGGAGAGGGAGGAGGCGCUGGAGGAGGCCGACGAGCUGGACCGGCUGGUGACGGCAAAGACGGAGUCGGUGCAGUACGACCACCCCAACCACACGGUCACCGUGACCACCAUCAGCGACCUGGAUCUCUCCGGGGCCCGGCUGCUCGGGCUGUCGCCGCCCGAGCAAGGGCCGGGGGAUGAGUCCAAGGAGGAGGCGCCGUCCGUGGAGAAGCCGACCAGAGCUUUACCCAGGAAGUCCAAAGACCCCCUGCUCUCUCAGCGGAUCUGCUCGCUCACUGCGACACUGCACGCACACAGCCGCAAGAAGGUCAAGCGGAAGCGUCCCCGGCAUAGUCAGGACUCCAAGAAGCCCCCGAGUGCCACGCGCACCAGCAAGACACAGCGCCGCCGGAUGACGGGCAGAGCCCGGCACAGCGGGGAGUGAGCCCCCCAGAAGCCGGGGGCCCUGUCCUGGCUCAGCCUGGCUGUCCCUGCCACCCCGCUGCAGAGGUGACAGCACAGCCCGAGGGCCGCGCUGCGGUUUGAACCCAGAGAGAGCAGGCGGCUGCCCCCACCUGCCGGAGGGCCCGUCUGAGCCAGGUGUGGGGCGGCGCUGCCCGAUGUGUACCCCGCCUGGGACGCCCCGGACGUGAAGCACCGGCCGUGCGUCUGGUGCUUGGUGUGUCCCUGGCCUUGGCACCGCACGCGGGGGAAGUGGUGGGGAGAGCGGCCGGAGGUGCUGUUGGAGUGAGGGCCCUGAGGGCUGGCGGCCAGCGCCGAGAGUGGGCCGGGCAGGUGACGUCCUGCCCUUGCUGCUGAGACUCGGGUCCUGGAGUGCCCUCCUCCCUCCCCAGAUGCGGACGCCUUCCAGCGGCUCCAGGUGGAACCCGACGAAGAAGUCUAAUCGUUGCCUUAAAACAUUUAAUAAAACAGUUUUCUUAUUUUCACUUGA